GCGCGCCCGGCCCGCCCUCUUCCGCUGCCGCCGUGGGAAUGGAAACAUCUAGCCCACGUGCCGGAAGCCAGCUGGCGCUAGCAGCGACGCACUACUCCACGUCCUGCCGCGCGGAUCUUCUGCGGAUGUCCUCGCGAGACGAACUAGCCGAAAUGGCCGCGUCCAGUCAAGGAAACUUUGAGGGAAAUUUUGAGCCAUUGGACCUUGCAGAAUUUGCUAAAAAGCAACCAUGGUGGCGCAAGCUGUUCGGGCAGGAAUCUGGGCCGUCAGUCGAAAAGUAUAGUGUGGCUACUCAGCUGUUAAUUGGUGGUGUCACUGGAUGGUGCACUGGCUUCAUAUUCCAGAAGGUUGGAAAGUUGGCUGCAACAGCUGUGGGAGGUGGAUUUUUUCUCCUUCAGCUUGCAAACCAUACUGGGUACAUCAAAGUUGACUGGCAACGUGUAGAGAAGGACAUGAAAAAAGCAAAAGAACAGUUGAAGAUUCGUAAGAGCAAUCAAAUACCAACUGAGGUCAAGAGCAAAGCUGAGGAGAUUGUGUCAUUUGUGAAGAAGAAUGUUCUAGUGACUGGAGGAUUUUUUGGAGGCUUUCUCCUCGGCAUGGCAUCCUAAGGAGUACAAGUUUACUUCCAUAGUUCUGGUUUCUUCCAGCCAGCAGCCUCUACACUCCAUCAUAGGACACUGAGUCUGUCCGCUUCCUCCUCUUCUCCUGUGCCUUCCUCCCUGAUAUGGCAAAUCUGAAUGGCUUCCAUAGGCAUCUGGUGGUACAAGUUAAUACAAGCCCUACAUGAGCUUGUCAGUAAUGGAAGAGACAGUAGACAUUAGCUCUGCUUUUAGUACACUCCUCAUUUGGCCAGUCUGUAGGUCAGAUGUUCCUUUUCCCUUCAUGUAAAAUUCUUACCAGAACACAUUGCAAGAUGGUUCACUGUGGAAGAUAAUUGGAUCCUCAAAGGUUAUCCCAAAUUCUUGUUUUGGAAAAAGAAGCACAUAGUUACAUUAUGUGCUGCAUGGAAAGGAACUGAAUACAUUUGCUGUUAAGCAUGAAAGAUUGUGGUAUCUUCUUGUGUACUUUCUUUUUUAGUUAGUUUUUAGAUUACAGAAAGAGAGCUCUUUAUACUUACUGUAAUUAUCCUAACAAAAAUCACAACAUAAGUGAAAAAAUCUGAAUAUGAAAUGAACUUGCUAAAGAUACCUGAUGUGCUGAAGUAUUGUGUUUGGUAGGAAGAUCAUUAGGCUAUUCCCAGGUGAUUUAGGUAAGAGAAGGAAAAGAAGCUCUUGGAUUUUUAUUUCAUAGCAAAGAACUUAUGCUUUGAAAUGUGAAGUAUUCUUCAUGUCUGUCAAAAUAUUAGGGGCAGCUUUAGAUCCUCUUUGGCAAAUCUGUUUCUUUAUCCAGUUAGUAUAAAACACAGCAUUUAAACCAGAAUUUUAAAGAGGUAGAAUUCCAGGAAUUCAGAAUUGAGAAAGAUAAUGAUAGCACAUGUGACAUAAAUUAUUUCCAUCAAGUGCAAUCUUCUGUCUCAUGGUGACCUCUAAUUCUUUAAAAUAAAAGCUUAUGUGCAACACACACACACAGAAUCUUAACACAUUCUGCUAUAAUGAUAACCUGUUACCAUAAUCUGCAGUCUCAACUACAAUAUGCAGCCCCAACAGGCCCUCAUACUUAGUUCUGAGUAUUUAUUGUAUAUAUGAAUAAUGACCUUGUAUAAAGAAAACUCAACCAUUAAAGGUUAGUUUUACUCAAACUUCAUUCUUAAACUUGUAGAUGGUCCCAUGUGAAAUAUAGUGUAUUUCUAAGGUCAAAUUUUUAAAAUUCUUGCCUUUUAACCUAUAUUGAGAAUGAUAUAUUGAAUUUGAAAAUUGAAACUACCAGUGGAUGUAUAGAACUUUAUAGAGUUUUCCUAUUUGCAUUUCCUCGUUACCAUUUGCAUUUCCUCAGUACUAUUCAAGUUAUUUUCCUUACAAUACAUAUGAAUUAUCCCAAAAUCAUAAUAGUAUAAGCCUGGGACAUGUUUCCAACAAGAACUUAAUAGGUUUUUUUUAUGGAAAGUUCAAACAUAUUGAAGUAGAAAAUAUAGUACAACAGCUUCCCCCAAGUAGCUGUCAACUCACAUAUAGCAAUCAUAAAAUUAUAGCUAUACUUACUUUAUUGAUUAUUGUGAAACAACUUCCAGAGUCAGUUUAUUGAAUUUUAAUAUGUAUUUACUGCAAAAAGGUAAGUACCCUUAAAAAUCACAAAUCAUACCAAAAAUUCACAAUAAUUCUUUAAUAUCAAAUACCUAACCUGUGUUUUGCAUUUAGUUUGAAUCAAAAUCCAUACAGUCUGCCUUGCAUUUUUUAUACUUCCCUGCCUUCACAAAGAAUCUUUGCUUUCCUCACCAGUAAUCACAGGGAAAAUAGAUGGCCCAGGAGAGGCAUUGAAUGACCACUUUCCUGCACAUACAACUCAAAGGGGGCGCUUUGGUUAGCUUCUGCUGCCACCAUUCAUUGGUGUGGGUAAGUUACAGAUAGAGCUACACAGCUAAAGCCAUGAGUGGUGAGAGACAGCAACACUUAUGACUCCAAAAUUUCCAGUCCUUAAAGCUCUGUAUUCUCAUUACUCAGGGGACCCCCAGCAGCCCCUUUGUCAUUCUGAUUAUACGACUGCUCCAUCCAAAUGUGUCCUUGUUUGCCCCACUCACCACUCAGCCUUCUAAUUUCAUAACAGGGCAGGGGUUUCUUGACUCCCCACCUGUUCCACCACUUGGGUGAAAGCCCUUGCUGCUGGAUCUGGGCACUUACUGUUUGUAGAAUUCUGGAAAAAGACCAAAUGAGAUCUGGAGGAUAGGAUCCUAAGAGGAAUAAUGAAUGCUUACAUAGUUCUAACAUGCUCUUAGGGUGGGUGCUUGUGGUUUCUUUUCUUGUGUGGUUCACUGUUAAUGAACAUCUUCUCCAUCUUUUUGUUUGAUGUUUGCCAGAGAUACGGGCAUUACUAAUGGUGGAGCUCUUAUUUGAAAUCUCUGCUUUUGUACAGUUUGUGAAAAUACCAUAAAUCUCUGCUUGAAAAAAAAGUUAUAGGGAUACAUUUGAAGUUUCUGAGUACCAUCAGUGUUUGGAAUGAUCUGUUUAAUCUGUGAGAAAACUCUUCUAGCCACACCUGUAGGAAAGUUAGACCGCUGCACUCUCUACUCUCUCCACCAAAUAAUCAGCUUCAUUUCUCCAUUGUGACAUGCAACAUGACUUCUUGGAAAUCAGAGCAACAACUAAAAAAUGUUCUGUGCUCAACUAAUCACUUAUACACGGUUGGGGUGUGAACUCUUGGAACAGGGUAAAAAAGCUAUUUUAGGCCUUAACUUGAUUUCCCAGAAAUCAUAGUGUGGCUUAUAUCUGUGAUGGAUUUAUUAUUCUUAAGGGAUCAUGAAUUUUAAGAAAAGUGUUUUUCUGGACUUUUUCCCUAUUUUUUUUUUUGACAGGGUUUCCCUUUGUAGCUCAGGCUGGCCUCAAUCUCCAGAUCCUCCUGACACUAGAACAAGAAUGUGUUCAAACCCAGGGAGGUUCCCAGAGGGCAUGAACCUCAACCCAGAGUGCCAAGUUUGUGACAUGGGAUGCUAUGUUUGUGGCCGAAAUGCCAACCAAGUUUGUGAUAUUGUCACAGAAGAAUUUAAGGACGAGUCUAGUUAGGUGAGAAGUUUAUUGAAGUUUUACUUAGCAAAAUAUGAAAACAAGGAACAAAGCACAUCCCAAUCAGCUGGAGAUGUGGGCACAUGAGAAUUGGGUGUUAAGUUCUUUGUGUAAGGCACAUUUAUAAAGCUCAAGUCAGUCUAAGGGAGUUUAGCUUUUAACUUUCCUCCAAAUAAGCAUACUCUUUAUGCUCAGCAUGUGGUACUACUCAAAACAUUUUCCUGUUGUAAAAUUUUGACAUUAUCACCUAAGCAUGAAGAUAGUGAUCCUAGGGUGACCUUACUAAUAAGGGUGUUUAUGACAUGGGUGUCUGUUUCUUAUGGCUUUUAUUGGCACUUUUGAUUAAAUGUCAAGCAUCUUUAGGUCUUAAAUAUAUCACUCAUCUGGGGCAAGGUCAGAGAAACUAUAUCAUAUAUUCCACUUAACAAAGAAAAAGAAAUGUAUGCAAUCUUUAUUUACAAUGUUUAAUUUUAUAGUCAUAACAACCUCCUCUGAUUGUAUCUUAUGUUUGGAAAUAAUAAAUUUGAGAUUCCCAUCACCAAGUCUCCUCAAUUGACAUAUGUAAUACAUGUUUGAGGAUCUGCCAGGUUCUUUCUUUUAAAAGAUGUUUACUUAGGGCAGAUAAACCCAUUGUUAGAAGACAGUCUUCUUUAACAAGGCCCCCCUUUAGUCCAAGGAUGAGCUUUACCAGAUGUUUUUCUUGAGAUAUUUACCCAGAAUGUACUUAUCUAGAGCUCCAGGAAAAUUAUUAGUGCAAGGUUAAAGCAUGGUCAGCUUCAAUAGCCUGAUAGGGAGUGAGAGAUUUCAAGUUACCUAUUAGUACAGUGUUGAGUCUUAACUCCUGGAUCUUAGCUUACUUUGUAUGUUUUUUUUCAUGCCUUGAAGUUUAAUUUGCUUUUGUUCUCAUGUCUCAGUGUUCUUAAUUUAGCCUGCCUCACUCCUGCCUUAGCCUCCCAAGUGCUGGGAUUACAGGCAUGCAACACCAUGUCCUGGUAGAAAAGUAUUUUUCUAAAGAAAAGUAUUGUACUUUUUUCACAUUUUCAACUUGCCACAACUGUCUACCUUUUUCAGUAUUAAAAUGUUAAGAAAUAACAUAAUUACUGGGAGCAGUGGUUCUCAUCCUUGCUUGUACAUGGGAAUGACAUAUGGCAUCCUAAAUACUGAUGUGUGGGGUAGCCUGAAGUUUCAAAAUGUCUCAAAAUGCUAAUGAGCAAUCAAGACAGAACCAUUGAAGUACAGAGUUGGAAGUGGUCCUAAUUAUAGUUCUGCUGUUAACAAGUGACUACUUAACAGGACUUUACAGUCUUUAUUAUUUUUUUUUGUCAGUACUAGGGCUUGAACUCAGGGCCUCCGCUUGCUAGGCAGGCACUCUACAACUUGAGGCACUCUGCCAGCCCUAU